GUCCAAAGUCACACGUGACCGCACAGUAGUUCCAGGUGGAUCCAUCUGAAGAGAGGAGCAGAUGGCGCUCAUGUGGAGAGUGUGUGUGUUGUUGCUGGCUCUCAGCUGGUCGCUGGGACCAGUGCGGGCGCAGGAUGAAGACGAUGACAUGGAGGUGGAGGAUGACCUGGAGGAGGCGGUAGAGGAGGAGAAACCAGCCAGUCCUCCGCCAGCACCAAAGGUGACGUACAAAGCGCCGGAGCCCAUGGGAGAUCACUACUUCGCAGAGUCUUUUGACAGGGGAACGCUGGACGGAUGGGUCUUGUCCAAAGCGAAGAAGGAUGACAUUGAUGAAGAAAUCUCCAAGUAUGACGGGAAAUGGGAGGUUGAGGAGAUGAAGGACACAAAGCUGCCUGGUGAUAAGGGUCUGGUGCUGAAAUCCCGCGCCAAACACCACGCCAUCUCCUCCCAGCUUCUCAGGCCCUUCGUCUUCGACACCAAACCGCUGAUCGUGGAGUAUGAGGUGAACUUCCAGACAGGCAUCGACUGUGGGGGUGCGUACGUCAAGCUUCUGUCCCAAUCGCCUGACCUCAACCUGGACCAGUUUGUGGAUAAGACUCCGUACAGCAUCAUGUUUGGCCCUGAUAAGUGUGGAGAGGACUACAAGCUUCACUUCAUCUUCCGCCACAAGAACCCCAAAACCGGCGAGUUUGAGGAGAAGCAUGCCAAGAAGCCCGACGCGGACCUCCGCACCUAUUACACAGACAAGAAGACCCACCUGUACACUCUAGUGCUUAACCCUGAUAACAGCUUCGAGAUCCUGAUCGACCAGACGGUGGUAAACAGCGGAAACCUGCUGACUGACAUGACCCCCCCGGUCAACCCCCCCGCCGAGAUCGAGGACCCCGAUGACCACAAGCCGGAGGACUGGGACGAGAGGCCCAAGAUCCAGGAUCCUGAUGCAGUGAAACCCGAAGACUGGGAUGAAGACGCCCCUGCUAAGAUUCCGGAUGAAGACGCCCUGAAGCCAGAUGGAUGGCUGGACGAUGAGCCAGAGUACACCGCUGACCCCGACGCAGUGAAGCCGGAGGACUGGGAUGAGGAUAUGGAUGGAGAGUGGGAGGCCCCUCAGAUCCCGAACCCUAAGUGCGAGGCCGCCCCUGGGUGUGGCAAGUGGGAACGCCCCAUGAUUGACAACCCCAACUACAAGGGCAAGUGGAAGCCCCCCAUGAUUGACAACCCCAACUACCAGGGGGUGUGGAAGCCCAGGAAGAUCCCGAACCCCGACUUUUUCGAGGACCUGCACCCGUUCCGCAUGAGCCCCUUCAGUGCGGUGGGGCUGGAGCUGUGGUCCAUGUCCUCCGACAUCUUCUUCGACAACUUCUUCAUCAGCUCGGACCGCGGCACAGCUGACCGCUGGGCCAACGACGGCUGGGGCCUGAAGAAGGCGGCAGAGGGUGCCGCUGAGCCUGGCCUGGUGAAUCAGAUGAUGACGGCGGCGGAGGAGAGGCCCUGGCUCUGGGUGGUGUACGUCCUGACCGUGGCGCUGCCCGUCGUCCUAAUCGUUGUCUUCUGCUGCUCCGGCAAGAAGAAACCGGCAAGUGUGGACUACAAGAAGACUGACGAGCCCCAGCCCGAUGUGAAGGACGAGGCUGAGGGAGAAGGAGAAGGAGAGGAGAAGCCUGAUGAAGGGGAGGACAAGGAGGAGGAGGAGGAGAAGCAAGAGGAAGAAGAAAAGAAGAGUGAGGAGGAGGACGAGGAGGGUCCAACCGAGGCCACGCCUGAGGAAGAGGAGGUGGAGGAGGAGGAAGAUGGAUCUGGUGAAGAGAAACAGGAAGAUGAUGUUCCAAAAAGGUCUCCCAGGAAAGUGAGAAAGGAAUGAAGGACUGGAACCUUGGACGUGGUUAUAGCCCGCCCCUAGCUCCACCCCACCCCUCCCACACACCUCUUCUCCCCCUCCCUCUUCCCCAGCCCACCUUCAGCUCCUCCCCAUACCCCACCCCUCCUCUUCCUGCCCUGCCCCUCCUGGCUGUCUUCUGCUCAAAUCCCACAGCUGUGACAUCCAGCAGGAGAAACUCCCAUCUCCCGUCAAGAUCAACGGAAAGCAAUCACGACCAUGAACUGGGACAACAGUGGUGACGAAUACAAGUAGAAGUAGAGACUGGCUUUACAAAGCUGAAACGAACCCCCCCCAUCAUUCCUUAGUGCAGCAGACACUAACUUAGGGCCCCACCCCCACCUUUCGACAUCUCUCCUCCCAGACAGCUUCCACACAGGCAGUAUUAAUCAACUACCAAUUAUCCCAACACUAAGUGGUCUCUUAGCCCAUGCGGUUUGAUUAUGGUUUAGGUAGCUCCAUGCGUCUGUGUGUUUCAGGAAUUGUGUGAAAGAGCACAUAUCAGCUUUGAAGUGUUUUCUGUCCUGCAGAUGCGUAUACACACACACACACACACACCUAUUCUCGGAGUAAGCAGGCUACAUCAUGAAUGGAAAGGAGCUUCGUGUGAAAGCGUCUGUCGAAGGCCUGUUCGCUUGUUUGUUAGCGUAUUUUUUUGUCUCCGAGUCAGAUGUAAGUGACCCCUUGCGCAUAGUGACCAUCUGUGUGAGGAUCUUCUGCACUUGCUCAGUAGCGCCCCCGUGUGGGGUGGAGGCUGCAGAGAGUGGGGAGGAGACCAGAGUGGGCCCAGUAGGUUAGAACGCGCUGCCUUACAGUUUUAGGGUGCAAGGAUCGCUGAACUAUCCUGAAUGUAAUGUGACUGUAUUUUUUUUUUUGAUAUAUAUAUACACAUUUUUCAUCUUUUUUAAGUUGUUGAUUCCUUUGAUGUUUUUUGUUCGUUUCUAUUCAUUUCAGUAUGUAGGGGAAAGUUUGUUACACGUGUGCGUGGAGUAAAGGUGUGGCGUUGGUGCAAGCUCGCAGGCUCGGAGGGAGAGGCCCCAGGUGACUCAGUCCUGUGGAAAUUCCCGCCGUAUCUCUGCUGGCCCCCCUCAUUGGUUGAUGAGUCAGCACACAUCCUGUGACCUCACGUCCUCUCUGCGCAGUCUGCAGCAUGCAGCAGUAGUAGCAACACUUCAGUCCCACAUCCUCAGAGCUCAGGGCUGGUGGAGGGUCAGGGACGCACAGGUCAGCAGCAGCAGCUCCACACACUGUCUGCAGGAUGUCAUAUCUCUCUCCAAACCCACACCAUCAAAACUGACACGACUGAGAAAAGCACUUGCACUCCGCUGCAGGAGUUACCUGGUUCCGCUCGUGUGCUGCUGACCCCGUAAACACUGCUAGACACACUACAGUGGGAGUCAGAAACGGUCAUCAGAGCUCUGCCCCAAAGACGUAAGCGUCGGCACUUUC